GGCGCAACUCAUUCAGCACUUUCUACCUUCACGGACUCAUUCAGCAAAAUCUAAAAGAAUCUGGUAAAAGGUUGCAGCUGCAUGCCAGAGAGAGAGAGAAGCAUCUGAGACUGUGUGAGUGAGAGAGAGAAAGAGAGAGAGAAGUGUGUGUGUGAAGUGAGGGAGAUGGAGGGAAACAGAGGAGAGCAUGAGCAGACAGAAAGACCGGAGACGCUCACGGAGGAAGAAAGAGGGAUGAUCAAGAACACCUGGUCAAAGGUGUACGAGAAUAAAGAGGCAGCAGGAGUUGCUGUGCUGAUCAGACUCUUUACGGGUUUCCCUGCAGCAAAGCAGUACUUCAGCGAGUUUCGGCACAUGGAGGAUGUGCAGGAAAUGCAGGCAAGCAAGCAGCUGCAGAAACACUCCGUGCGGGUGAUGAAGGCGCUCAACACACUGGUGGAGAAUGUCCAGGAUGGAGAGAAGAUGGCGUCUGUGGUGGAACUGGUGGCCAAAUCCCACGCACAUAAGCACAAUGUCCAGCCACACUACUUUAAGAUUCUGGCUGGAGUCAUACUGGAAGUGCUGGUGGAGGCUUUCCCUGAAACCUUCGGUGAGGAAGCACAGGGGGCGUGGUCAAAACUGAUGGGCGUGGUUUACUGGCAUGUCACUCGGGUCUACUCGGAGAUCGGCUGGACUUCCACAGAGUGAGGGAGGGAGAGAGAGAGAGAGAAUAUCACUGCUAUACAGUAUUUUGUUCUUUCUAACUGGAAGUUUGUCCUGAAAUCUGUCUCUGCAGGAAUGAUAUUCAUCAGGGAGUAAAAUGCAGAUUAUUCAGAAAUUAUGCACUUCUGAACAAAAAAAAGGAACAUUUUUAUAUAUGCACAAUAUGUUUUCGUUCUAGUUAAUGUGGUUUAUAAAGUAUAUAAAGAAUAUCGAUGUGUAUUUCAUCAUGACACAAAA